AUGGCGCCCCGGCGACCAACAACCGCGGGGAGCGGACACAACGGCUUUGGUUCUGCUCGACCUAGCACUUCCGGUCCGGUCAAAGAUGGCGACCUGACGAUCAGAUUGAAUGACUUAUCUGUGUCCAAGCUCACGGCUGGCGACGGGAAGUACUUUCUUGAAGUUUCCGCGGGCGCAGCGAGACAGAAAACCGCUUCGACCAAAGCCAAAGGCGAAGCAAAGUGGCCUACGGAACUCGCUUUCCAUACGCCGAAGUCCGGAUGUUUGGGCUUCGAGCUCAAUCGUGCGCGUCUUCUCGGUAGCAACAAGAACGCGGGGUCAUUGCAAAUCGAUGUUCAACACCUGUACGAUCUAUGGUCCGAAACAGGUAGACCGACGAAAGUAUCUAAGACCUUGGAGGGUAGCCUCUCGACGCUCGAGUUCCAUCUGCAGAUCGAAGACGCCAACAACAACAUUCGAGAUGCACUCCGCCAGCGCUCUCGACCCAGCGAGAGCAAGGUGUCCAGCCCGGGGCUCGAGAAGGUCGAUCGUGCGCAUACUGUGGUGGCAUCUGUGGCCGAUACGGCCAAGACGCUCGUCACGAGCGGGGAAGCGUGCAUGCAGUUCCUCGAGCGGUUCAAAGUCUUUGUUGAUAUCGUCGACGAAAUCGCAGCGGUUCACCCCUAUACGCGUAUAGCAUGGGGAGUGAUAGCCACAAUCCCGAAGAUCAUGACUGCGCAGCUGGACCGGGACAAAGCCAUAGACAGGCUGUUCGAGACGCUCUUCUCGUUCUACGACAUCGUCGAGGAUCUCUCGCACGAGACGGUUGAUGCACUCAAAGAACGCAGCGACAUUCUUUCGAGGAUCACACAUCAGACGCUGGAGUGUCAUUACUUUAUCAUUGAGUUUUACAAAACGGACGGGUUUCUACGGCGAGCCCUCAAGAAUGUGACAUCGACUGUCGAUGAUCAAAUCAGCGAGUUCGAGAUGAAUUUGGAGCAGCUCCGGAACGAGUUCUACGGUCGCAUCGCUACUAGCACGCACGUUACUGUCGCGCGAAUCAUGGAAAAAGUCAGCGAUCUCGACGAGGAGUACAACUUGGACGACAUGUCAUACGUGCGUGGCGUGCGCUUCGACUCCGAGAAAGGCUGCCUGUCCGGAACACGAGAAGAGGUCCUAGAAGCCAUCACUUACUGGGUUCACUCCGAUUCCAGCCGCGUACUUUGGCUGACAGGCGGCGCUGGGACCGGGAAGAGCGCCAUCGCUCAUACCAUCGCGGCACGCUUUUCGUUCUUGCAACGCCUGGGCUCGUCGUUCUUUUUCACGCGCGGUCAAGCGGGUCAUGAGCCACAAGGGCUGUUCUCUACCUUUGCGCGCGAUCUGGCCGACCUGGAUCCGGAAUAUCGACAGGAACUGGCCGAGAUUAUUCGGAAAGACCGUGCGUUGCGCACUACCGGGAACGUAUUGGCUCAAUUCGAGAACUUCAUCGUCAAGCCGAGCGCGAAGUUCACCAUGCCAGGUCCCGUCGUGUUCGUCAUCGACGCCCUGGACGAAUGCGGCGACACCAAAUCUCGCAGGGUGUUGUUGGACAUCCUAUCAUCUCGACUCAAGGAUCUCCCUCCCAACUUCCGCUUCAUCGUGGUAUCCCGUGCUGAAGCGGACAUCGAGAUGAGCUUCGCCAAAAGCCCAUACGCAGAGAUCAGGCGCAUGGGCGACAUCCCGCGUUCCGACACCGCGCGCGACAUCCGCGCGUUUCUCUCACAACGCCUGGACGGACUCGACGUUGACGUCGAUCUCCUGGUAGCGAAGUCCGAGCUCAUAUUCCAAUGGGCAUACGUCGCCGCGGAAUACAUCGUCGAGGACCAACCCGGCUCUUCCUGGGACGAGCGCUACGACACCGUUAAGAACUCAGGCUCCAUUGGAGAUGAAGGUCCGCUCGACUCCCUCUAUCGAGAAGUCCUCGAGCAACUGUUCUUACCGAGUGCCAACGCUGCCGCGCUUGCGCGUUUCAGGCUGACCAUGACCCUCAUCCUCACCGCGGUCACACCACUCUCCGUCGACUCCAUGUCAGCGCUUCUGCCCCAUCUACCGCCCUCCUCACCGCACCGCGCGGACCUGCCCAAACCUUUCGACCCGAUGACGAUCGUCAAGUUCAUGGGAUCACUACUGAGCGGAGUCUCGGGCCGGACUACUCCGGUUAAGACGCUACACGCAUCGUUCGCCGACUUCCUCGUCUCAUCCGAGCGUUCUGGGCGCUUCUAUGUCGACUUGAGCUCUGCUGAUAGGGAUUUCGUUCUCGCUUGUCUAUCACUCAUGAAGCAGCAGCUCCGCUUUAACAUAUGCGGGCUGUCCACCUCAUACCUUCCGAAUAGCCGCGUCGGCGGUCUGCUUACUCUCAUCGAGCGCAACAUCCCCGCCUCGUUAUCUUAUGCUUGCUUGUAUUGGGCCAAUCAUCUUCAAGAUACAUCGCCGGAAACCCUCGUGUAUGAUACUGUGCUGGAGUUCCUCAGCGCCAGACUCCUCUUUUGGCUGGAAGUCAUGAGCCUUCUGGACGCUGUGAGGGAUCUACCAGCUGUCAUCGCGUCACUGUUACUCUGGGCACAGGAUGCACAUCCCGGAGAGGUGGACCCUAUCAGCGCGAUAGCAACAGAUCUGCAACUGUAUCUUCCCAAGUACGGCGCCGUCAUCGCCCGCUCCGCGCCUCACAUCUACCUCUCCCUACCUUUCCUACCGGAAAAGUCCGACAUCGCCGCUCUCUACCUCCCACGCCUCAGCUGCGCAGCACGCGUGGCCUCUAAGCGCUCCCCCGAAUGGCCUCUAGUGCAUAGCGUGCUGAGUCACGAAGGGGCAGUUCUGAGCGUCGCAGUAUCGCCCAACUGCGCGCACAUUGCGUCUUGCAGCGAUGACGGGACGAUACGAUACUGGGACGUUGCCACUGGUACUCUCGUGACUGGACCUAUAGUCGCGCAUGGUGGAUUGCCGGUCAAUCAAGUGCUCUUCUCGCCGAACGGGCAUCUCAUUGCGUCCGCCGGCAGCGACGGCACCGUAUGCCUGAUUGAUACGACUACGUGCGAACCAGUUGGCGAGCCGCUUGCCGGCCAUAUCGGCGCCGUACUCUGUAUUGCAUUCUCUCCAGAUGGCCGCCUACUUGCCUCCGGCGGCUACGACGAGGCGAUAGUCGUCUGGGACGUCGCAGAUCGCAAACGCAUAUACGAGCCCAUCCACGCGCAUACGAUGGCCGUGUCUUGUAUCGCCUUUUCUGCCGACAGUUCGUUCUUGGUCUCGGGGAGCUACGACUGCACCGUCGCCUUCCAUCUGAGCUCGAAUGGCCGCCCAAUGCGCGAGCCUCUGCACGCUCAUACGAUGCCGAUCUCAUCUAUUGCGAUGUCUCCCGACGGGCUGCAAAUGGCUACGGGUGCAUAUGACGACAAGGUGUAUCUUUGGGACACUGCGCGUUGGGCUUGCGUCGGCUCACCUUCGCGCUCGAUCGUCGACUUUGUGUACAGCGAAGCGUAUACAGUGGCGUUCUCUCCCGACAGCAGAUACAUCGCUUUCAACUCUUUCCAUGAAGCUUUCAGUGUUGCCGACGCCUUGACUUGCUGUUCGAUAGGAAAGCCCAUGCGUGAACAUGAACGCUCUGUUACGAGCAUAGCGUUCUUCCGCGAUGGUUCUCGCAUUGCUACCGCAUCUGCAGAUCACACUAUCCGCCUUUGGAACAUGCCCGACCCGACCGCCAAGCCUUCUGCCACGGCUACCAGCGCGCAUUCGGCCUCGAUCAAUGCUGUAGCUUGGUCUCCGGAUGGCGAACGCAUCCUGACAGGAUCGCACGACGAGACUCUACGCAUCUGGGACGUUCACUCCGGCAAGACUAUUGGAGCACCACGUAGAGGGAACACAAAGACAGUCAUGAGCGUCGCGUACUCUCCCAAUGGGCGAGUAGUCGCCUCGGGUUCCUACGAUACGACUGUCCGGAUCUUCUCUGUCGAGGGCUCUUCUUCGAUGUCCAAGGUGAUGAGGGGUCACACUGGCUCAGUCAAUGCGGUAGCUUUUGAUGCUACAUCGUCUCGGCUUAUAUCGGCCUCGGACGACGCCACUGUCCGCAUUUGGGAAGUCGCGAGCGGGAAACCUGCCAGACCACCACUCCGCGGGCAUAACAAGCCUCUGACGACCGUGAGAGUUGCGCAUGGUGCGCAACUCAUCGCAUCCGCCGGUCAUGACUGUACGAUCCGGCUAUGGAAUAUUGAUUCGGGCAAUUCCGUUGGCGAGCCGCUGAAGGGGCCGGAGAGCCCCAUCCACUCGCUGUCGAUCCUAUCGGACGGCAGCAUGCUCGUCGCUGGCCAUGCAGAUGGCACGAUCAUCGUCUGGGACGUUGAGACGCGGCAAAUCGUUGGGAAACCCAUAUCCGCCCAUGCACUGGGAAUCCUGUCCGUAGCGCUGUCUCCUGAUGGGGAGCGUGUUGUAUCAAGUUCGUGGGACCAGAUGGUGCGGAUGACUGCCAUCGACCGUCGCAGCGCGAAUCACACCCCAGGCCAGUGGCUUCAUGGCCAUACAAGCACGGUGUUCUCUCUGGCGUUUGACCCCAAAGGGUACACGGUCGCUACAGCGAGUUAUGAUCAAACUGUGCGCCUGUGGGAUACAACACUGGUCGCGCGCAAGUUACCUGGCUUCAGCCUAUGCGACGAUUACCCACUAUCACCCUCCGCUUCCGUAUCAUUCUCCUCGGACUCCGAACACGCUCUUGCGCAUCCUGACCUUCUCUUCCCAUCAAACACGGACACUUCUGACAGGCGCGACAUGGUCAAACUCGCGGAGGAUGGAUGGAUCGUAGGCCCAGAUGACGCCUUGCUUCUCUGGGUUCCGCCAGAGCUCCGCGUUGGUCUCUGGACACCACGGACGACAGGCCUAUUAGGAGAGGCGCCUACGUUGCUCGAUCUCAGUCAAUUCGCACAUGGCACGCGUUGGACAGAUUGCUGGUCUCAAUUGUAA